AUGGGCUCCAAGACAUUGGAAAACGAAGAUCGUCGGGAACAUGAAAUCCCAUCAUCAAGCGGGUCUUGUUCUGCCGGCGGAGAACCACGAGGCAGCCACCUCUCGAGAGAUGGCGAUGGGUGCAUGGGCAGCCAGGGCGCGGACGAAGGCGACGACGAUGAUGACGACGACGAAUGCCAUGCUGCUACCGCCGUUUCGUUGACAGGCCCUACUUCAAGCGAGGCAAACAAGAAGAAGAAACGCAAGAGGCCAAAGAAGAAGAAGGGCAAGACGCCCGCUUCAAAACAGACGUCGCCUCCGAGGAUUCCGCUCCACGACCUUUUUCCCUCUGGGGAAUAUCCACCCGGCCAGCUUUGCGACUAUGAAACGACCUCUACGGUUAAGGCUCCCGAGCUACGCUACAUUGGACACGGCUUUCUCGAGGAUCCCACCCUUUUGAACGACUACCGAAAGGCGGCGGAAGUGCAUCGCCAAACGCGAAAGUGGGUACAGGAAAGUGUCAAGCCAGGCCAGACGCUCACUGAAAUUGCUGUCGGAAUCGAGGACAGCGUUCGAGCGCUCUUGGAUAACGCUGGGUUGGAGACGGGACAGGGCCUCCAGUCUGGAUUUGGAUUCCCCACGGGACUGUCACUCAACCAUUGCGUUGCGCACUAUACGCCUAAUCCUGGGCAAAAGGAUGUUGUUCUCCAGCAUCAAGAUGUCAUGAAAGUUGACUUCGGUGUGCAUAUCAACGGGUGGAUUGUUGACAGUGCGUUUACCAUGUCGUUUGAUCCUACGUACGAUAAUCUCUUGGCUGCGGUCAAGGAUGCGACGAAUACGGGCAUCAAGAAUGCAGGAAUUGACGUACGCAUCAGCGACGUGAGCGCUGCGAUCCAAGAAGCCAUGGAAAGCUAUGAAGUCGAAAUCCGCGGCAAGACGUAUCCCGUCAAGGCAGUCCGGAACCUCUGCGGACACGACAUUAAACGCUAUCGUAUCCAUGGCGAAAAGACCAUCCCAUUCAUCAAGAACUCGAACCAGACGAAAAUGGAGGAGGGUGAUAUUUUUGCCAUUGAAACAUUUGGCAGUACUGGACGUGGCUUCGCCAAAGACGGUCCAGGUAUUUACGGGUACGGACUGAGCCAUGACGCGCCAGAGCAUGUAUCUCUGCCGUUGAGCUCCGCGAAUAAGCUGUACAAGACGAUUAAAGAGAACUUUGGGACUCUUGUGUUUUGUCGGCGCUAUCUCAACCAUAUUGGCUUGGACCGAUAUCUGGCUGGCAUUAAUUGUCUUGUGUCGAAUGGGAUACUUGAUGAUUAUGCGCCGUUGAUGGAUAUUCCGGGAUCUUAUUCCGCGCAAUUCGAACAUACUAUUUUGCUGCGUGAGUCGAGGAAGGAGGUCAUUAGUCGGGGUGAUGACUAUUGA